UGCCGGUUAUUGGCAUUUCUCUCCUUGCGAACUGUCACGCUGACAACUCAGGGGACAUGUGCACUGAUCAUCAGGGCACUGAUGAUCAGUGUGCCCUGAUGAUCAGUGUAGCCCCAGCAGUGCCACCUGUCAGUGUCCAUUAAUGCCAGCUAUCAGUGCUCAUCAAUGCCACAUAUCAGUGCCCAUCUGAGCUGCCUUUCAGUGCUACCUAUCAGUACCAGUCAGUGCCACCUAUCAAUGCCAGUCACUGCCAACUAUCAGUGCUGCCAAUCAGUG